UAUAUAAAAGAAGGUCAAUAGUGCGGAUAAAAAUUGGUUUGUUAUUAUUGGAUAUUUUAACCCAAUAGGGCAAAGUGUCCGUAUUCAUUUGUGUGAAAAUUUUGGAAAACCAUAUAGAAAAGAAGUUAGAACACAUCACAAUUUAUAGUUAUUUUAUAAUUUUGAUCAAGUUUCUAAUUUAAAGUUCUUGUUUACUAAUACAAAUGGAAACAACUAAAGAAACGUCCAACGAAGCAUGCGCGAAAGAUGCCGGUGAAAUGAAGUUAAAAUGCUUUGUUAUUAUUGUCGGAUUUGACUUAAGCAGAGAUGGCUUGAAGGAAGAUAUUGAACGAAUCAAAAACACUUUUAGGAGGUUGUUUGAUGCUACAAUUCUGAUUUUGGAAAAUAAAACCAAAAAAGAAAUAAUGAAGGAAUAUAGGAAUUUGUUUUUGAAUAAACAUACAUUCGCCGAAUAUAAGUUUGUAGCAGUAUUUUGCCUCAGCCAUGGACUAGACGACGGCCAACUUAUUCUAAAUCCUGGCCGAGAAAUUGUUGAUGCCCAACGGUUAUUGCUUAAUCCAUUUUUUAAAUUUGAGCAGUUGGACCAGAAAUUGAAGUGGCUGGUGGUACAAAGUUGCCGCGGAGAUCUAAACGAUUACCGACCCUUACAACAUGAUGGCAUAACAGGGGUUUUCCCGGAUUUCCACUUUAUCUCGUAUUGUACAGGGGAGGGAACUGUCAGCUUUCAACUGAACACCGAAGGAAAAAUUUAUAUACAAACUCUGUGUAAAGAACUCGAAACAAAUGUUCGAGAAAAAAGUUUGUGCGAAAUGCUUGACAACGUCAACUUGUCUUUUGUAAAUCUAGGCAUAGCCCAACCGGCAAGACCAGACUACAAGAAAAACGUCAACGACUAUAGGUUUUACGAAUAAAAAUAAGGAAACCAUUGUAAAAAAGAAACAUUUUAACAAACAUUUAACACAAUAAAGAUAUUAAACAUGUGCAUAAACAACAUACAAUUGCCAGAAUGAA